GUGGCCCCUCUUGUAUGGGCCCCAUAGACCAUGCAUUUUUGUGAUGGGUUACUUGGUGAUCAGCUGUCCAUUCUGCUUUUUAGGCUAUCUAUAAGAAGAAGUACGGCCCCAUCUAUAAAAGUUCCUUUGGCGCGUAUAAAACUGUGAAUAUCGCUGAUGUGGAUCUCCUGGAGACCUUGCUGCGCCAGGAGGGGAAGUAUCCAAUGAGAAGUGACAUGGAGCUAUGGAAAGUCCAUCGGCGGCUCCGAGACCUGGCUCUGGGCCCUUUUACUGAGGAAGGUCACCGCUGGCAUACGCUCCGUUCUGUCCUGAAUAAGCGGAUGCUGAAGCCGGCUGAGGCGGUGCUGUACACCGGGGCAGUGAAUGAAGUGGUCACAGAUUUUUUGGACACCCUGGACAAUGUCAGGAAGGAAUCUCCCUCGGGGGUCAUGGUCAACGACAUUGCAAGCAUUUUUUAUAGGUUUGCCUUUGAAGGAAUUUCCUACAUUCUCUUUGAGACUCGUAUCGGCUGCUUAGAGAAGAACAUUCCUCUGGAGACCAAGAAAUUCAUUGACUCUAUAGGAAAUAUGCUGAAAUAUUCCGUUUUUGUCUCCAUUUUACCUCCAUGGACCAAUGAUAUUCUCCCCUACUACAAAUUGUACAUCGAAUACUGGGACAACAUCUUUGCAUUUGGUGAGUAUGUAUAUAUUACAUGUAUGUAUGUAUGUACGUAUGUAUGCUGAGGUCUAGUCACCUAUAAGAUCGGUACACUCCUCUCCUGACAUCCUCUGUACUGGGGUCUGAUCAUCUAUAAGAUCGGUACACUCCUCUCCUGACAUCUCCUGUACUGGGGUCUGAUCAUCUAUAAGAUCGGUACACUCCUCUCCUGACAUCCUCUGUACUGGGGUCUGAUCAUCUAUAAGAUCGGUACACUCCUCUCCUGACAUCCUCUGUACCGGGGUCUGAUCAUCUAUAAGAUCGGUACACUCCUCUCCUGACAUCCCCUGUACCGGGGUC